UGGAAGGAUCCACUAUAAGGAGAUGUACAAAGUUGUACGCACAAUCUCGCCUCCUCUGGGCUUUGGAAAGAACUGCCCUCACAGGGUGGCAUGCAAGAGACUUGUUCUGAUGAACAUGCCUGUGGACGAUGACAUGACCGUCCACUUCACAUCCACCCUCAUGGCCCUCAUCCGCACCGCCCUCGAGGUCAAAAUAGCAAGAGGAGGAGAAGAUCGAAAUCAAAUGGAUUUGGAUCUGCAGAAGGAGAUUGGGGUCAUCUGGCCUCACCUGUCUCAAAAGAAUCUGGACCUGCUGGUUCCGAUCCACAAAGCCAGCGACAUGACCAUUGGGAAGAUCUACGCCGCCAUGAUGAUCAUGGAUUACUACAAGCAGAGCAAAGCUAAAAAGCUGCGACAGCAGCUAGAAGAACAGAAACAUGCUCCCAUGUUCCAGCGUAUGGACGCUUCUUCUCUCCCUCAAGAAAUACUAUGCAACGCCAAAUCCCUGUCGUUCCUCAGGCACAGUGCCGGAUCUGCUCUCACCAGAGGGGGCUUUGUGGCACUCAGCCCCAUUUCUCCACAGGAGAUGUUCAUGCAGCCGAUGUCUCGGUCCAGAGGCGAGCGGGAGGAGGAGGAGGAAGACUAUCACUCACCUUACCUCCCUUACCAUCACCAUCACCAUCAUUUACACACACUGGUGCCAGAGGUUGUGGAGUACAACCAAGUGAUUCAGCAGGCCCAGCAGGACCCAACAAUUAUUAAAUCACCACAGCGCACUGCUUCUAUCAGAGCAUCCUCCAUGCCCAGACUGGCUGUUGAUCCGCAGCCGGGGCUGUCAGCAGACAGCAAGCUGAUGAAACGCUCCUUCUCCACCAUCGGAGAUCAGUGCGUGAACGGCCUCUGGCAGGAGCAGCACUCUCUGGAGAGGAUCAGUCCAGAUGACACAUUCAGAACCCGGCAGAGGAGCUACAGAGACCCUCGAAUCAGCCCCCGAGAAACCAGCAGUCAUGAAAGAGGGCGAUCGAAGGAACGCCGCCACCUGCUGUCUCCUGACGUGUCCCGCUGCAACUCGGAGGAGCGAAGCCGGGAGCCGUCUUACGAGCGAGGACGAUCCCGCUCGCCAAGCGGAGGACGCACACCUGGCUUACAGGAACAG